AUGGAAGCCAAAUACGUCCUGACUCUCGCUGCGUUCUUUGGUGGUUACAUCCUAAAGAGAGUUUUGGUCUCCCGUAAUCACCCACUCCCUCCAGGACCCUCUCGCUGGCCUUUGAUAGGUAGCAUUCUCUCUAUACCAGUAAAUUAUGGCUGGUUGAUCUUCUCCGAAUGGGAAAAGAAAUAUGGCCCUCUCAUCUAUCUCGAUGCUCUUGGGCAGCCCAUGGUCGUCAUCAACUCCGCCAAGGUGGCCCGGGACCUCCUUGAUAAGCGGUCGUCGAUAUAUUCUGACCGGCCUCACUUGAUCAUGGGAGGCGAUUUGGUCGGGUAUGACCGGACCUUUGUUUUGCAGCCUUAUGGUGAAAUCUGGCGUAAGCAGCGCAAGAUGGUGGCUGCUGAUUUCAGUCAGAGUACCGUCCCACGUUACUGGAAUCUUCAAGAGACGCAAGCUCGCAAGAUGAUCUGCAAUAUCUUGGCUGACCCCAGCACACUUGUACGCCAGAUCAAACUGAGAAUAGCGACCAUCAUCAUCCGCGUUACUUACGGCUACUACAUCAAAUCCGAACAAGAUCCUUUCUUUACGUCUCCGAUGACAGCUAUGGAGAAUUUCAGCCAAGCUGCGGCUCCAGGAAGUUGGAUCGUCGACUUUAUCCCUCAACUAAAGAACUUGCCAUCGUGGAUGCCUGGGGCUGGAUUCCUCGAGACCGCAAAAGUAUGGCGCAACAUUGUCACGGAAGCAACGUGGAGUCCUUACCUGUGGUGUAAGAAGAACACUGAACUGGGUACUGCGCUCACGCCUAGUUUGUGCGGAUCUGUUGUUUCAGAAGCGAAUGGUGAGCCAUCAAAGGAAGAAGAGGAACUUUUAGUUUGGGCAGCUUCUGCGGUCAUGGGAGGUGGAAUGGACACAAACAUGUCGACCGCCUUGACAUUCUUCAUGGCCAUGAUACUUCACCCUGACAUCCAAGAGAAAGCACGAGCGGAAAUUGACUCUGUGGUAGGACUGGACAGACUUCCUUCGAUUGCGGACAGAGACUCGCUGCCUUACGUGAAUAGCGUUAUUACUGAGGUCUUCCGAUGGCAGCCUGCUAAACCCAUGGGUAUCGCUCAUGCCCUCAGCCAAGAUGAUGUUUACGAAGGGUACCAUUUACCGAAAGGCACACUGUGUUUGCCCAACGUCUGGCAAGUUCUGCACAUGCUGCACGACCCAGAAGUCUACCCCGAACCGAUGAAGUUCAGCCCUGAGCGAUACGGAGGUUCUCAAGCUGAAAUGAGCAAAGUGACCGAUCUGGCGUUUGGCUUUGGAAGGCGUGUCUGCCCUGGGUUUCACUUUGCCGAGGGCACCAUAUUCGCUAUCGUGACCACCGUCCUUGCGACAUGCGAGAUUCUACCCGCUGUGGAUGCCAGUGGGAAGACGAUCAUGCCUGAGAUUGCGUAUACGUCCGGUACCAUCGUUUUCCCAAAGGCGUACAAGUGCAAUUUGAAGGCUCGCUCGUCGCAAGCAGUGGCGAUGCUAACGCAAGGCGCCAUCUCAUCCGAGUAA